AUGUUCGAGGGAAUCCACGCAGCAGACAGAUACCACCUCCGCCUCCACCGCGCCCGCUCCGUUGUCCUCACACCUAGCGAGCUCGUCGAGAUCCGCGCCGCUCAGAGGACAUUCGAAGGCGCCUACAUCCGCACCGCGCUUGGCCAGUUCUCCUUCGCGCUCGUUGUUCUCAAAAUCUUCACGGCAGAGUUCUACUCCAUUGGCGCGCUGUUUGCCGUUUACGGUGCUGGUGUGCUGUUCACGAGCUUGUUCAGGCGGUAUCAGGGGAACAAGCAGUUCUUCGCCGUGGUCGGGGACGAUGGCCUGAGUCGCAAGAAGUUCAGGACAAGUGGGAAUGUGGUCUCUGUGUUGACUGCUCUGAGUGUAGCGGCCUAUGUCUCGCUGCUGAUAUUGACGUUGCGAUUGGAGGCGUGA